CCUGCAACGUGAAAUCUUGUUGACGAAGCAUAUUGAGAAUGAGGCUGAAGGAGGGACACCCACAUGGCUAUCUUCACGCCGCCUCUCCCGGCGUCUCCGCCUCCUGGUGCAUCAGCUUGUUGAUGAUCACGGCCACUUUCUUGGGUGGCAGCUGCGGUGGCCGCGGGUAUCCUAGUGUGGCUGAUGGGGAGGAUAACGAGAUCAUCAACCGGGCGAGCUUCCCAUCGGAUUUCGUAUUUGGAGUGGGUUCGAGCGCCUACCAGUCUGAAGGAGCAGCGGACCAACAGGGAAGAGGGCUGAGCAUUUGGGACACCUUCACCAAACUUUAUCCAGAAAAGAUCAGCGACCACUCUUCCGGUUUGAUAGCUGAUGAAUUCUACUACCGCUUCCAGGAGGACAUAAAGUUGUUGAAAGCAAUGGGAUGGGACUUCUUCAGAUUCUCCAUCUCGUGGCCUCGUAUUGCACCUCAUGGGAAGAUAAGCAAGGGAGUAAAUGAACAAGGCGUCGCCUUCUACAACAAUCUCAUCGACAACCUCCUCGCUGAGGGCAUCCAACGUUUUGUGACAUUGUUCCAUUGGGAUGUUCCCCAAGCACUUGAAGAUGAGUACGGCGGGUUCCUGAGUCUUAAUAUCGUGGAGGAUUACAUUGGCUAUGUAAACUUUUGCUUUCGAGAAUAUGGUGAUAGAGUGAAGCAUUGGACGACAAUCAACGAGCCCAAUUACUUUACUAUAUUUGGGUACGCGACCGGCUCCUAUGCACCUGGUCGAUGUUCUAUUUACAUUAAUAACUACACAACCGGAAACUCGGCAACAGAACCUUACAUCGUUGGGCACCAUUUGCUUCUUUCGCACGCUGCAGCGGUGCAACUGUAUAGGAACAAGUAUCAGGCUGCUCAAAAUGGGAAAAUAGGCAUGGUAAUUGCAAGUUUCUGGAUGACCCCAAAGUAUUCGACCAACAUCAGUAGGAAGGCUGCCUCUAGAGCUCUUGACUUUCAGUUUGGAUGGUUCGCUCAUCCUAUCACCUAUGGUGACUACCCGCAGUCGAUGAGGAGAUAUGUGGGUGAACAGUUACCCAAAUUCACAAAAGCACAGUCGGAGGCGCUAAAAGGUUCUCAUGACUACAUUGGCGUAAAUUACUACACAGCGAGAUACGUAGAUGAAUCCACAUCCCCUUUCACCACUCUCAACCUAAGUUACACCACCGAUUGCCAUUGUAAUUUGACCGCUGAGAAAGAUGGCAUUCCAAUCGGCCAACCGACUGCUGUGUCCUGGCUGUACAUAUACCCAAGAGGUAUCAGAGAUUUGAUGCGCUACGUGAAGAAAAAGUACGAGGAUCCGACCAUUUACUUGACCGAGAAUGGAAUGGCAGACGCAAAUAACAAAUCGCUACCGAUUGAAGAUGCGCUUAUGGAUAGAUUGAGAACGAGUUACUUUCAGCUGCACCUCUCAAAUCUGUCCAAGGCGAUCGAGGAAGGAGUGAAUGUAAGAGGAUACUUCGCGUGGGGUUUCCUGGACGACUUCGAGUGGGCAGAGGGUUAUACGACCCGGUACGGCCUCACGUUCGUGGAUUACGGGAACGGACUGAAGCGAUACCUGAAGCACUCGGCGUGUUGGUUUAAGAGUUUCCUACGGAAGGACAACGAUGCAGGCCGUGACUACUCCUCGCGUGGCGAUGCCUGGGACAUUUAUUGCUUGCAUCCUCAUCGGCCGGCUUCAUCAAUAUAAAUGAGUGGAUAGAUUACAUAUAUGAGCUUUCGAAUUGUUUAUUCAAGUGGAAUAGAUUGAAUUUUCAUCUACCUUGAGGAUAAUCCGCAUCCCAGCGACCCUUCUUCAUCCAACUGAUACAAGGAAAUAAAGCAUGAAUAGUUGCGCGGUUU